CGGGUUGGACGGUUGGCUUUUAUUCUCUUCUCUCUCUCUCUCUCUCCUCUCUUCGUUUGUGGAGAGGAGAGAUCGUUUCCACCGUCCCCCCUUCUCUCUCUCUCUCUCUCUCUCUCUCUCUCUCUCUCUUCCUCUAUUCCUAUCUCUCUUCUUUAUUCAUCUUUCUCUCUCUGUACAUUUGAUCAGCGCCGACGACGAAGGGGGCGAUCAGCGGCAGCUCAGGGAUGGGAAUUCCGGCGGCACUGAUAGGGAUUUGCAGACCGUAACAUCUCUCUCUAUUCAAUUCUACCAUGGAAUUCGACGCCGGAAUUCCGAUAUCCCGGGCCACCGUCACCGACGGCCCUUCCAUGUCCCCUUCCUUGGACGAAGGUACAUUGUGGCAAAUGAACUUGAGAUCACGUGAUGCAAUGGAAUCCGGACCUUAUCCUGUGCGUGAAGGAGAACCAGAGUGUUCGUAUUACAUCAGAACAGGGCUAUGCAGAUUUGGGGUGACAUGCAGAUUUAAUCAUCCUCCUAAUCGGAAACUGGCUAUUGCCACUGCAAUGAUGAAGGGUGAGUACCCAGAAAGAAUAGGACAGCCUGAAUGUCAGUACUACUUAAAGACGGGAACGUGCAAGUUUGGAGCCACAUGUAAAUUUCAUCACCCUAGAGAUAAGGCUGGGAUUGUUGGAAGAGUUCCCCUAAAUAUUUUAGGCUAUCCACUUCGUCCGAAUGAAAGUGAGUGUGCAUAUUAUUUGAGAACUGGCCAAUGCAAGUUUGGGAGCACUUGUAAAUUCCACCAUCCACCGCCUUCUAAUAUGACGGUUUCUCUGCGUGGUUCUACUGUUUAUCCUCCACCCCAUUCACCGACAACUCCUGGUCAGCAAUCAUAUCUUGGAGGAAUAGCAAACUGGCCCUUGUCAAGACCUUCAUUUCUUCCCAGCCCCCGCUGGGAAGGCCCUUCAAGUUAUGCUUCAUUGAUCCUACCUCAGGGCGUGGUAUCAGUCCCAGGAUGGAAUGCAUAUAGCGGUCAGCUAAGUUCAGUGCCAUCUUCAGAGAGCCUGCAGCUAACGGCAGGAAACAGUCAUACUUAUGGGACUUCACACCAGAGUGAAGCAGCAAAUGCAGGAGGAUCCCAAGGGGCACUUUCUCCAUAUCGUUCUGGUUCUGUACCUGUGAGUUAUUAUGCGUUGCAGCGGGAGAAUGUUUUUCCGGAGAGGCCUGGCCAUCCUGAGUGCCAGUUCUACAUGAAGACUGGAGAUUGCAAGUUUGGAGCGGUUUGCAGGUUCCAUCAUCCAAGAGAAAGACUAAUCACUGCUCCAGACUGUGUAUUGAGCCCUAUAGGUCUUCCUUUACGUCCGGGAGAGCCCUUGUGCAUUUUUUAUUCACGUUAUGGUAUUUGCAAAUUUGGUCCAAGUUGCAAAUUUGACCACCCUAUGGGAGUUUUCACCUACAACAUGGCUGCAUCAUCUUCAGCUGAUGCCCCAGUUGUUCGUCGUUUGUUGGCUUCAUCCACCGGAACUGGUGCCUUAUCAUUGUCUUCAGAAAGGCGACUUUCUCUAUCAGAAUCAAGACAGAUGUCUUCUGGUGAUGAUAACAUUGACACAGAAGGAUGAACGCUCCCUAAAAGAAAGUCGGAGGGAGAUAACUUGUGGUUGUCUGUAAAUUUAUUUCCCAUUGCUGGCGAUGUACAGAGUUCAUGUUAAAGCCGAAUCCAUUCUUCUGAAAAUGUGUUCAGUUAGACACAGGCUUUACUCCAUUUAAUUCGGUUUGCUGCAUUGUAUAAAUACGCGGAUUAUUGCUGCUUUUGGUAAAAACCUAAUAUGGACAUUUCUAUCAGUUUUAAAAGCC